CAAAAUACGACUGGGUGAAAACAGCAUUAGAAAACAAUCCACAGCAGUUGGAGUGGUACACUCUACACUGUUUUGAGAACCUGCCACAUACUUACAAAGCCAGGAUGGACAACUUGAAGCAGCGCUUCAACCAAAGUGGAGAGGCUGAGUGGCUGUGAGUGGGAUGAUGAGACUGGAGAGGUUAAGGGUUUUAUGCAGUAUGGUUAUGAUGGAGAAGACCUCAUAUCAUUGGACCUGAAGACACUGACAUGGAUCGCUCUGAAACCACAGGCUGUCGUCACCAAACUGAGAUGGGAUGCUGACACAGUCAGACUAAAAGACCAUGAAAACUACUUAACUCAUGUUUGUCCUGAGUGGCUGAAGGUUUAUGUGGCCUUUGGAAAGAGCUCUCUGCAGAGAAAAGACCUUCCCUCAGUUUCUCUCCUCCAGAAAUCUCCCUCCUCUCCACUCAGCUGCCAUGCUACAGGUUUCUACCCUGACAGAGCCAUGAUGUUCUGGAGGAAAGAUGGAGAGGAGAUUCAUGAGGACGUGGAGCUCGGAGAGAUCCUCCCCAACCACGAUGGAUCCUUCCAGAUGAGUGUUGACCUGAACCUUUCAUCAGUCCCACCUGAAGACUGGAGGAGGUACGACUGUGUGUUUCAUCUCUCUGGUGUGAAGGACCACAUCGUCACCACACUGGACAAAGCAGUGAUCAGGACCAACAUGGAGAAGCCCAGUGACAUGACCGUCCCCAUCACUGCUGCAGUGAUUGAUCUUGCUCUCAUCCUCAUCGCUGCCACUGGAUUCGUCAUUUACAAAAAGAAGACAGCCAAACUUCCCCCAUCUCCUCCUGAUAGCAGCUCUGAGCGCUCUGGGAAACCCAGUCUAGAAACCUGACUGACUGAUUAUAUUGUAAUAUUUUAUGGCUUCAGAACAAAUGAAUUGCAGGUUUCUGUAAACAUGUAGAGACUGAAUGCAGUGCUGAAACCUCACCUCUUGUGGUGGAUUAGACAGGACAUUCUGUGAACAUUCAUGAAAAGUUUACCACAGGGGUUGCUAACUAGUAGCUACUGGUAAGACUGGAGGAACCACAUAGACAGUGAUGGUGGUUGGACAGCUGAGCGGACCACAGCAGUCAUGAAGUUAUUAAGUCAGUUGGGCCAGCUACUGUAGUUUAGCCUGAGCAGAUAUGAUGGAGAUAAGGCAGCAGAGUUUCAGCUCUUUGCUUGGGUGAGUGAAGGAUUUAAAGGCAGCUUAAAGAUUCGUUAGGGCAGAGUCAGAGAAUGGUGUCGCCUGUCAGAGGGCUCAGGUUUAUAACGCCACAGCUAACCUAGGACCUAAUGAAAGGUCAAACAUGAAUACUGGGCUUCUAUAGGAAUCCACACAACCUUUGGCACGUUUUACUGUGUACUGAUAACCAUGCUCUUUAUUUUGGUGCUGAUGUUUUGUUUUUCAAUAAAGUCCCCAA